CUCAAAGCGGCGGCUCGAACCCAACGGCCGCCCGGCGCAGGCGGCGGCCUGCGGGAGCCGCUCGGCGUGGCUGCGUGGGACGUAACAGCGGCGCGAGGCUGAUGGAUUCGGUGCAUGUGACAGCACUGCAGCAAUGAGUGGAAUUUUAAAGAGGAAGUUUGAAGAAGUUAGUGGCACCUCGCCUUGCUCCUGUGUGUGGGAUUCGGAUGAUGAUAUUUCUAGCAGUGAAAGCGCUGAUAGCGGAAGCAGUGGCCACCCAUCAGCUUCUAAUCAUUUUACCCGUCCAGAGGCUUUGUUGGACCCUUCCCAGCUCAGAGCAGCUCGAGGUGCAUGUGACAGCAUUGCAGCAAUGAGUGGAAUUUUGAAGAGGAAGUUUGAAGAAGUUGAUGGCUCCUCACCUUGCUCCUCUGUACGGGAAUCAGACGAUGACAUUUCUAGCAGUGAAAGCGCUGACAGUGGUGAUAGUGUCAAUCCAUCCACUUCUAACCAUUUUACCCCUUCUUCCAUCCUGAAGAGAGAGAAGCGGAAGAGAACAAAAAAUGUCCAUUUUAACUGUGUCACUGUGUAUUACUUCACAAGAAGGCAAGGCUUCACCAGCGUUCCCAGCCAAGGGGGAAGCACGCUGGGAAUGUCCACACGCCACAACAGUGUGCGCCAGUACACGCUUGGAGAGUUUGCGAUGGAGCAGGAGAGGCUUCACCGGGAGAUGCUGCGAGAGCACCUGAGGGAAGAAAAACUCAAUUCUCUAAAAUUAAAGAUGACAAAGAACGGUACAGUGGAAUCUGAAGAGGCUAAUACGCUGACACUGGAUGACAUUUCUGAUGAUGAUAUUGAUCUGGACAACACUGAAGUGGAUGAGUAUUUCUUUCUACAACCCCUGCCAACAAAAAAGCGAAGGGCACUGCUGCGAGCCUCUGGAGUGAAGAAGAUUGAUGUGGAAGAAAAACAUGAGCUGCGGGCCAUCCGGCUGUCCAGAGAGGAUUGUGGCUGUGACUGCCGUGUGUUUUGUGAUCCAGAAACUUGCACUUGCAGUCUUGCAGGCAUAAAAUGUCAGGUGGAUCGUAUGUCUUUUCCAUGCGGUUGCACUAAAGAAGGGUGUAGCAAUACAGCAGGUAGAAUUGAAUUUAAUCCUAUCCGUGUACGGACUCACUUUUUGCACACAAUAAUGAAACUUGAAUUGGAGAAAAAUAGAGAACAGCAAAUUCCAUCACUAAAUGGCUGCCACAGCGAGAUAAGUGCACAUACUAGUUCUAUGAGUCCAGGACCCCAUCCGGUCGAAUAUUCAAUUGCAGAAAAUUUUGAGAUUGAAACUGAACCUCAGGCUGCAGUUAUGCAUUCUCAGUCAGCCGAGGACUUGGACUGCCCUGGGGAAGAGGAGGAAGAGGAAGAUGGGAGUAGCUUUUGUAGUGGAGUUACUGAUUCUAGCACUCAGAGUUUAGCCCCUAGUGAAUCAGAUGAUGAUGAAGAGGAAGAGGAAGAUGAGGAAGAUGAUGAGGAAGAAAAAGCAGAUGACUUUGUAGAAAGUAUGAGCUCCCAUGCUGACAUGGUGCCUCUUCCUUCUGUCCUUUGCUACUCUGAUGGAACUGCUGUGCAUGAAAACCACUCUAAAAAUGCCUCAUACUAUACUAACUCUUCAAAUCUAUAUUACCAAAUAGAGAACCAUGUUGCUGGCACUGCUAACCAGAUUGGUGAGACUUACUCAGAAAGGGAUGCUGUCAAGAAUGGCAAUCUUUCUCUGGUGCCUUACAGCAUGACUUCAGAACAGUUUGUUGACUACACUCGGCAAUCAGAGGAAACUUUUAGCAGCCCUCAUUACCCUUCUGCAAACCCCUCAGUGAUUGUCUGCUGCUCAUCUUCUGAAGGUGAUAGCAGUGCUCCGUGUAACAGUUUAUACACUGAGCAUAGGCCAAGUCACUCUCAAGUGGAAUUUCACUCAUUCUUGAAAGGUCCUUCUCAAGAUGGAUUUGUUUCAGCUUUGAAUGGCGAGAGUGGUGUACAAGAGCACCCUGCUGAGAAUUCACUAGUCCUCUCAGAAAAGAGUAGACUGCACGAAGAGUGCAUCAAAUCACCAGUGGUAGAAACAGUACCUGUUUAAUAUUAAAAUUAUUCUAAGACUGACUUCCUGUAAUAAAAUGCACUCAAAUUGGAUUUCCUAGAAUCUUAACUUUUUUUUUUUAAGAGGUAGACAACACUUGGGCUAUAGUCAAUGUUCCAGACACACCUUCAAGCUACAUUGCCAGAGGCACUGCACAGAAUCAGUUCAUGUAAAGAUUAAAAAAAGCAAACCAACGUCAGACUGUCUUUGAUAAAAGUAAAACACGUAAGUAAAAAAACCACAUCUAACAUAUUUCAAAGUAGCCUACCUGUCAAAUAUGUGAAACAUGCCAAGCUAUCUGAAUCAAAGCUUCACGUUUUUGAUUGUCGGGCCUGUGCAAGAUUGUUAAAAAUGAUAGUUUGAAAUAAUCAUGUUUAAAGUCCUGAUUUUCAACGUAUUUGAAAGAACAUAACUUUAAUGUAAAAGUAAUUACUGUACAAAAAAAAGUUUUAAUUGUUCUGUACUGUAUGUAUUUUAUUUAUAGUAGCUUAGUAUUCAUGUUUUGAUAAAAAUGAACAGCGUGUUCAUUUGAACAGAAGAUCCAUAGUUAGUAAGAAAGAGCAUGACCAAUUUUCAUCUGGAGUACCAUGUAUUUUUUAAAUACCAUUUCUGAUAAAUUAACUUAAAAUGCAUUUUUAGAGUACUAUUUUCUCUUUCUUUUUACUGUUCUUGACCAACAGAAGAGUCAGAAAUGGGGGCAUGUGCAUCUUAUAGGAAGGUGAAAGGUAGACAAUCCUCCAUCAAAAUUAGUGGUAUUUCUAGAACUAGCACCCCUUCCCAAAGAAAAACGAUCUUGUAUAUAAUGGCAAAGCAGUAACUUAAGCUUGCACAGCACCUUUUAGCCCAGCAAACAUUCAGAUACUUACUUAUGCACUUUAGUGCCAUUUUGCAGUGAUGUUUCAACUGCAGAAACUGUGAACUAUUUUGGAGAAAUGCCAUAGCUCCAGACUCUGAGGUAUAUGUAAGAUCUUAAAGUCCAUUGCAGCAAAACUAAGCCAGUAUAUCAAUAAGUCAGUCAGUCAGUAAAUACUUGAAAAGCAAAAAACAACUAACAAGCAAAAGUCUUGUUGAUCACAGUUUAAAUGAAGCAUGGAAAGUAAUGUGGAAGUGUCUAGAUUUUCCUAACUAUUUAGCAGUUUUUAUGAAAUACAAAGGAUUUUGUGGACUGUAGACCGUCCCUUGCAUUACUUGAUCUAAAUAAGGAUCAGUAUAGUCAGUGACAAAACACAGCUACAGAGAUUUUACAUCGCUGAAGUCUGCACGCAGAAUAGCACAUACACCAUAUGGAUUUCCAUUACUUUGUACUCUAGUUAUUCUAAAAAUAAAUGGAAAUUAAAAUGCCUGCUUUACCUUAUGAGCAGACAUUGCUUUCUUUAGGAAAAGGGAGUGUACUAGAGCCUGCUUUUCUGUACGCUGGUAGUUCUCAGCAGACUUUGAUUUCAGAAGCCAUUUUAAUUUUGUUCUAAUAAUGAAAUAUUAUCAUACAUCAAAUAUAGCUGCUGUGAAGACCUGUUUUUGUUUGCCAAAAUAAGGAUCACCAUCUUAUUUUCAUCUGUCAAAUCUCCAUGGUUAGCUGUAAGCAUGUAAACAGACUAUCAACUUUAGCUCUGUGACAGUGACUGGUUAGCAGCUCUUUACAACAUCACAUAAAGUGCUUCAGUAGAAUAAUUUCCAGAUCUAAAAUGUGUUUUUUAAAAAAUAAACUUAAUUAUUUUAGUGAGAUCUGGGCAUCUCAUUUACUGAGAUCAGCAUUUUCUGAUUUUCUACGCUAAAUUAGCAAAAUAUUUUUACUCCACAUACUCACUGGAAAGGUUUUUUUUUGUUUCCACAAGUCCUACACGUUUUAUCUUUCUCAAAUUGCAUCAGAAAGUGCUAGUUCUCCUAGGAAUGGAUAUUCCAUAUUUACAGCAUACUCCAUGGUCUGGGAAAGUGCAGUCAUGUUGAUCAACUGCCUCAGCAGCUCCUUAAGCCCUGCUGCUCUUAGUCACUCUAAUCUAUUUCUGUACAGGCUGAGUAGCCAGGUAAAUGCCUGUGUUCUCCACUUCCAAACAGCAAAUACCCAUCUCUAAAGAGAAAACCUUAGUUCAUAAAAGGUUCUGCAUGAAAAAAUAAGAGUAGUGUUACUCUGUCCAGAUAUUCUACAGGAAAUGUUACAAGUCUCCAUAUACAGGGAUCUUGCACAAACAGCAGGCUUAAAUUAGGCAGUCUCACAACACCAGCAUCAAAAGCACAAAUCCCUUCCUGAGCUGGGAGAACAAUUGUGAAUCAGUAGCAGCAUUUUAAGUUCAGAGUGUGUUGACUACUGGAGCAUCAUGCAUACUUUACCAGGGUAUUACUCAGGGGAAAGUUAAAUUAAAUAUUUUUGUUUCAUUAUUCACCCCCUUACUGAGCAAUAAGAGAUUAUUUUCUUGGCCCCUAUGCUUCCAAAUGAAAAAUACCUUUAAUAACAUUAGCAAGCACAGUAAGCGAUUAACUUUAUAAAAGUUCGCUUUAACAUUCUGAGACAAUAGUUUCUUUGUAUUUCUCUUGGCACUGGUGUCAGAGCAAAGGCCUCCUCUGUAAAUUUCUGAGUACUUAGAUGUAUAUACCAUACACUUUGAUGCAUGUGCUGUGGGGGCACAGGGUGAACAUAGCUAAAUUCUCAAUAGUGUACAGCACAGGGUAACAAGGAGCUUAAAGACAGCAUGCAGGCAGGAGUGAAUAUGCCAAGGAAUGCUUGCUACAGUAUUUGCCCUUGCUUAAAAGUAGCUAAUUCCACAGCCCUGCCCAGAACAGAUGCUCCAGUUUAUAACUCCUGAGUUAGCUGUAGAAAUCAGCUCAGAGCCAAGAUUCCUACUCCUAUCAGACUUGUUCAUAUUUUGCUUAGAAGACCAAAGAAAUCUUCAUAGAAGCAAAAAUAAACUUAAAUCAUGAGCUGAAGAAUGUUUCAGUCUUACAUUCUGGGCUAAUGUAUGCAUAUGAUGCAUCUCAUUUUCCAGUUAGUUAAUACUGGUAAACAGUCCUAUCAUUUGGGGCAAACCUAUUUCUAUGUGCUAAAAGUAUUAUAUUAUUAAAUGAUAAAUGGCAUUAUUUGCUUCUGUAUAGACAUGGCUUAUCAUUUUUGGAAACGUUUACUUUACUGAUAGCUGUAUCAGCUUUUUCUCCUAACACAUUUUGCUACUGAUAAGCACUCGUAAGAAGCCAGAUAAUAAACGGGCAGAUAAUUUAUGAUUGUGUUAGGUAGCUCAGAAAAAUACAUAAUAACAAAAGCAAUUCCCCCUCCGUUCAAAUCGGAUUUUUACACAGAAAAUUAAUAGAACACCACAUAAAACUGAAUGCCUUUUUGCUCCUAAUGUGAACUUUGCCCCUCUUGGAAAAAAAGCAUUGUUAAAGUUUAUAAAGCUUUAACAGAUGUUAAAGUUGGCACUUUUCUGGCAAAAGUGCAGUAUCUUUUUUUCCUAAGGGCUUUAAUUCAAUUCAUACCCAUUGAAACAUCCUUAAAAAAAAAAUAAAAAGUUGGUCAGUAAAUCUUUCUGAUCUUUUUUUUUUCCUUUUAAGUUUUUUUUUUUUUUUUUUAAAUCAGCUAUAUACCAUUUCAAUAGGAAAAUUUUAACUUAGUGAAGUUUUACUGUUUUACAGUUACAUAAAUUGUUGCUAGUGAAUCGUUUGAGUUGUCAUUGCUGUCUUUUAAGGCCAUUGAUUACUAUCACUUGCUGUAAAUGUGGUUCAGCCCAACUCACCUCUUUGUUACGUGAUGAGUUAACAGUGUUAACAAUGGUAUCUUGCCUUUUUAUAAGUUGUACAGAAAAUGCAGGUAAUACUCAUGAUGUUGUUACUCACUGGAUUGCUAAUAAAUCCAGAACCAGUUUCUAACCUUAUCUGAGCACCGUAUUUCAGUAAAUGUGCUAUUAAAUCAACCAUGUAGACAUCUCCUGCCCCACAAUCUACCUAGAGGAUGUCUUCACUAGAGACAAAUUGUUUCUUAAAAAUUGAGAACAUACAUUCAUAUACAAAACAUGGCAUGUUUUUGAAUGUUCUUAAAUGUUCUUAAUUCUUUGAUAGAAAUGUGAAAUACCGGACAGAGUACCAGGCUAAUACAGAGGAGACCUGGGUACCUUUGGCUUUGCCUUUGUUCUGCUCUGUUACUUGGAAGUGACUCUGACUCUGGUUUGCAAGGUACUUGGAGAUGCUGUGAUUAAAAACUUUCAAGACAACAGCCAGGAUAACAUUUUUCCUCCUUUUUUUUGGCAUCAUAACUACAUUUCUGCAAACUAAGUCACUUUCCCAGUAAAUUCUAGUUUAGCUCAGAAGUACAGAUUUCAUCAUCAACGUGAAACACAAAAAAAGCAAGGUCUUCUUUUAUGGACAACAUUAAUAAGCAAACAUAGAAUGACAAAUUCCGCAGUGAAAAAUGUGAAAAUUAGAAAAAAAGCUUGAUUUACCUGUUGAGCAGCAAGAUUUUAGUUUGCCAAUGACACCAGCUACAGGCAGUCUUAUUCCUCCGCUUAUCUUCUUUUGCUAGUUGAGUUCUGUCAGUUGAAACUCCUUGCCAGGGCUACCCCUAUGGCAUAGUAGGUACCCUCUCUCUGAGCUAAAGCAAAAGAGACAGUUGGAGCCACAAUACUGUUUUAAAGGCAUUUGCUAAACAAGAAACUCCUGUGUUUUAACUCAUGAGUUGUGUGAACUCAAGUGCUUUGUGCUAGUUUAUUUUCUUGAGGCAAUCAGGAAAAGGCACAGAAGAGAAUGAAACCAGAAAUCCUCUAGUGUUUAGGGGUGUUAUGCUUUCCUACUGGGACUAAAGACUAAUUCUGUCACCUACUUUACCACAGUCACAAAGCAUUUGUUGUAAAAUACUUAGAAAAACUAGAAUUAACUCAGAGAAUAUAUUCUAUAGAAUUUAUUUCUAAAAUAUUAAAUCUGAUCCCUAUUUUUUUACAAUAGUUGAAAGCUACUGUUAUUUUCAAAACGCAUGCACACAAAGAAUUGAGUCCAUUAAUAUACUCAUUGGCAUGAGAAAUCUCAACAUAAUUCUUAAUUUUUAAUAUUUCUUUUUAAAAGUAUACCUUAAUUUUGCUGUUCUCAGUAAUCAGUAUUUAUGUACCAAUAAUUGUCCGUUUUCUCCAAGUGGAAUGCAAUCCAAAGUACAAACCUUAUGAAGUGAUAAAUAAGUGGUGUUUAGCUGUAAAGAUGUCCGAAGGAACAAAUGUUCAAGUGCUUCGUAAUUGCUUCCUUUUUGCUGUCUCUUCUUCCUCCUACAUCAGAGGCAGCUUUUAAUUUGGUUGAUAAUAAAUAUUUCAGAGUAUAGUUCUUAAGAAAGAGAACAGCUGUAACAACCUUGAAAACUUUCUGCCAUGCUAAUGGCUGAUAUAAAAAAUUUUACUUACAAUAAGAACAUCUGAUUCAUGAAAUAUCUUAACAUUUUCCAGUCUUAGUCUUCUCAUUCUUUUUCUUCCUUCCUUCCUGAAUCUUAAGUGUCUGGGAAAAAGUUUGUUUAACAGUAAGGCUUUUCAUUACAAACAACUUUAUAUAAGUGCAACACUAGUGUCCUCUGUGCUACCUGUCCUUUAUCCUGGAAGAAGAGUUGAUUUUAUUUUUCACUUAACAUUUGCACGAAGACAAAUUAGAACUGUGGUAAAAAAAAUGUCAUCUCCCUCACUGGCUCUGAAUAAACAGUAAUCAGGAAUGGAACCCAUAGGGUCUCUCUAUAGGCUUUCCUUUGCUGCACCCACAAACAAACAGGAAGGAGACCUACCCCCAUGGGCUGCAGACGUUGAAGGGGAUCCUCUUAUCUCCCAAUGCCUGUAGAUCCAGAGGAAGGGUGUCAUGUUUCAUAUGGCACAGCCUAGUACAAGAGAAAUAUAGAGAGAAAUAAAGAGAGAUUAUGGAAAGCAGAAAAAACAUCAGCUAAGGAAAGAAAGGUUUUUCUUCAAACUACACUUGCAGUUUGUUUUUCUUAAUAUAAACAAUAAAUGAAAAGUACCCUUUUACAAAAACCGAGUCACCUUUGUAGCGGGGAAAAAAAAAGAGAUGAGUACUGCUCUACUGUUGUAUAUUCUCUGUGGUUAGGAGGACACCCAGUACGCACAAGGUCUCACUGCCUGGAGAACCAAGUUCACUAUCCUCCGUAUUUAUUCUCAGUUAAGAAGAUGAUAAUCCUUCACACAGGUUUAGCACAACUCCUUUUACUUAUUAAAUCACUAUCAUUUGAAUCUUCAUUGUUACACUUCAGUUUUCUUGAGGUAUUUUAUGAAUUUUGAGAAGAAGAGAAACGAGGUCAAAUAAAUUUGCCUUACACGUAGGUCAUCUCUAACUGUGCCCAUUUGCAAUAAGCCAUGAACCGGAUUAUAACUGAAUUAGCUUUCCUAUACUGGCAGGAAAAAUGGUGGAAAGUACAAAGUAACACCACUGUUAUAUGACAAGGGUCAAGACAAUCCUUUGUCUUGAGGCAUGGGCAGAUAUACCCUGGUGUGAGUGAGGGGAAGACAGAAAGGUCAAUCUAGAGGAAAAGAGGUAAGAAGGUAAGAGAUAUACUGAUAAGGACAUUUUUAUUUUUUUUUCUAAAGGGCAAAAGAGAACAAGAUAUAGGAGAAAAAAAAAAAUACAGAAAAUAUGAAAUGAAGAAAUCCCCAGAGCAAGGAUGGGAAAGCAUAUGCCUGUGCACUACAUGUUUGGUCAUGUUAGCUCAUAAAAUGAAUUCUGUUGCUUGAAAUAUCUUAAAACCAUUAUGAACUUCCUGCAAAGAAAUGUUGAUUUGCAACAGCAGUUAUAUGUGGGCAAACAUUAAAUAACACUCAUCCAAAAGCACAGGGUAAAAACAAGAAGUUUUUACCUUGAAGCAAUGCUACCUUGUCUUUUCUUUGCAUACAUUAACCGCAAAGUCAUACUCAGUAUCACUGAAUUAACUCCCAGGCCUGUGCUCUACUAUAACAUCAGAUAGCAACAGACACUAAAAGCAAAAAAGAAAUAGGUGUCCUUUGUAUUAGCAUUUUAGCUUGGGGGUUUUUAAUGAGAUUUAGUACAUUAUGGCAGCUAAUUCUUCUAGACUUCUAUACUUGAAACUUUUUUUAAAGGUGGAUCUUUACUUAAAAAUGAAAUUUCAAGUUUGAAUUGUAGGUGAAGUACCUUGCUGGGGUACUGGGGUAAAACAGCCACCCGUUUAGCAGUUUCUGAUAGGCAUGCUGAGCAUAGGGUUUUAGCUUCUUGAAAAGAUUGCAACAUUAUGUGCACUGGCAGCUAGUUCUUUUAAAAAACAGAAGGCAGUGUGCUAUUUUUCUAUUAAAAAAAAAAAAAAACAAAACCC